UCUUCAAGCAAAAAUGUUGAUCAAUCGUCAUUCAAGAAAAAAUAUGAAAAGCAUAGCAAGAAGACGAAAUAAUAACAUAAUCAUAAAAGAAAAAUUUUGUUCUUCUAUUGAAUCUCUUCCCAAUGAGUUACUUACUGAAAUUGUUGCGAGGGUUGCUUCUUUUUCCUUCAAGAAUUUUAUCAAUGUCAAACUAAGUUGCAAGGUUUUUAAUGAGAUCGCAAAUGAACAGUACGUAUAUCAGAAGGCAACGCUGGCAGACAUUCCAAUAGAACCUUCUUGGCAAAAGCAGGAGGAAGAGAAGAUAAAUAAAGUUACUUCUUUCAUGGAGCUAUGCAGAGAAUGCGGGAAUACAGAAGCUUUAUAUAGAAAAGGCGUGAUGGACUUUUUCAAAAACGAUAGGCCAGAACUUGCAGUGGAAUUUCUAAAGCAAGCAGCAAAAGGAGGCCACUUUGGAGCAUUGUACGUGAUUGGCAUAAUUACAGUCUUUUGGGGCGGUGACUUCAAGCAAAAAGGGAUAAUGUUGAUUGGCAACAUGAAAGAAACAGAGCCACUGAGAAAAAUAACACGAGAAUGUCGAAAGAGUUUAGUAGAGAUCUUAAAAAAUAUUUGGGUGAAAAAUCCUUUAGUUUUGGGACAAAGACCCACUCGUUGCACUAUUCAACAUCAACAACACAUUGGUAGGAAUGGAUGGCCUCUUGAUAGUGAUGACGAAGAUGAUGAACAUGUCGAUUUUCAUUGUCAUGCUUGUAGUUGUGAUGUAGAAAUUGCUUAUAUCAUUAGUAUUUUACCUAUGUAUUAGAAUUAACUAUCGAUUAUGUAAUACUUUUUGGCUCUAAACUAUGUGCAUAAGUUGAUUCGUUAUUUGCCAA